CAUCAUCCCUCUUCUUUAUUUCCUAUUUCUUCAUUUUCUUUUCCAGAAACAAGUCCCUGAAUCCGGAGUUGGUGGCAGCUGCAUCUGCUGUUGCAGAGUCCCUUCCCUUUGACAAGAAGAUGACUAAGUCAGAGCUGCUCCGGCAGCUCCAGCAGCACGAGGCAGACACAAGGGCACAGAAAGCUGGAGAGAAAUGCAAAAUUAGUUUCAGUAACAUAAUAUCAGAAAUGAAAGUUGUCAGAAAACCUACAGCUAGAGUUAGAACAAGACCGGAGCAUCAGAUUCAGUUUGAUGAAGAAUCUGAGAAUUCUUGUCUUCAGAAAAAUUUAUUCGUGGGAAAGAGACUUAAUAUUUUUGACGAAAAGACAUUUUCUGAAGAAGCAUCUGAAGCAGAGACACCGCCUUCCCUUUGGGAGAUAGAAUUUGCGAAGCAGUUAGCCACAGUAAAUGAACAGCCCUUUCAGAAUGGGUUUGAGGAGAUGAUCCAGUGGACCAAGGAGGGCAAGCUAUGGGAGUUCCCAAUCAACAAUGAGGCAGGUUUUGACGAUGAUGGUUCAGAAUUUCAUGAGCAUGUAUUUCUGGAUAAGUACCUUGAAGGUUUUCCAAAACAAGGUCCCAUCCGCCACUUCAUGGAGCUGGUGACAUGUGGCCUUUCUAAAAACCCAUAUCUGAGUGUUAAACAGAAGGUUGAACACAUAGAGUGGUUUAGAAAUUAUUUCAAUGAAAAAAGGGACAUUCUAAAAGAAAAUAACAUACAGAUCAAUUAAUAUCAUGGAAUUUUUUUUCAAGCUGUGAAAAGGUGGACAUUAUAAUAAAUAAAAAUUUACUAGAAAUUUUUGUUAUUCCUAAUUUGACUAGUAUAAAUGUUGAAAUUUUUUUGAAAAAGUAUGAUGGUACCUAAAAAAUAUUCCUGAGAAAAAAGCCAGCGUUUAAAGCUUCAAAACUAUUAUCUAAUGGACUGGGGACAUGACUCAAGUGGUAAAGCACUACUAUGUGCAAGGCUCUGGACCCAUUCCUUAGCCCCAAAACAAACAAAAUCCCCCCCAGAAUUAGGAACAAAUUUUAGACAAUCCUCCUAACAUUUUUCAUUCAGUGACCAUACUUCUUUGAAAUUCAGUAAGUUAUUAGCCAUAUCUCAAAUGGCAACAGAGUACUUGUUUACAUUUUCCCACUUUUCAUUACUAUGAUAGACUAUGUGAAGCCAGCAAGCUUUAUAAGGAGAAAAGGUUGUUUAGCUCCUAUUUUAAGGCUUCAAGUCCAAAUGGCAUAGUAUAAGUCCCAUCUUGAAUGAAGAACAUGUAAGA